AUGAAUUUUGUUGCCGCGACUCUGUUCGCUGGUAUUGUUAGUAUCACGCUAGCGUUCGACCAGGAAUGCAUCGGUAAGCGAAAUGGCGCCACGUUCCAGGACGAGUACAGCUGCAGCCGGUACCGGAUCUGCCUGGGCGGAUACAUCUCGUCGGGUGAGUGCGAGCCGGGCCUGUUCUGGGACAACUUCCGUCGGCUGUGCUUGCCAGCGGACCUGGUGUCCUGCACGGCCAAGCUGCCCGUAAUUUUACCGCCCACGGUCGUGCCGAGCGAUGAAAUCAUCUUUGACGAGAACGGGCACCCGGACUUCCAGGCCGGAGAGUACACCUGCCCCAGCCAGGGUGUGCUGAGCAUUCCGCACAGACGCAGCUGCUCGCAGUACGUGCUGUGCUUCGACGGAACCCCCGUGCUGCAGCGGUGCGCCCCGGGUUUGCACUUCAACCCAGCACAGGGAACUUGUACCGUCCCGGAACUGGCCCGCUGUGAUCUGCAGGAGCGCGUCUGCCCGGAAAGGGACGAUCCACAGAAGCUGAUUUUUGUGGCCGAUCGCUUCGACUGCUCCAAGUACUUCUAUUGCUACAAUGGAAAGUUUCACCCUCAUAGCUGCGCCCCUGGGCUGCACUGGGAUCCGCUCAACAACUGGUGCACGACGAUCGCCGAGUCGAAGUGUCAGAACUUUACGCCAUACACCGAGGUGAACGAGCCAACGCUCGUUCCGAAGAAGGUGCACUGCCAGGACGAUCUGGCCCGUUGGGUAAAGCAUCCGAAGAGCGAGCGACACUACUAUCUGUGCUACAAGGGGAAGUCGCUGCUGAAACGCUGUGAUGACGGUCUGGUCUGGGACGCGGCGACACACUCGUGCAAUUUUCACAACUGA